AUGAAUUAAGUUGAAUCUUCUGAAGAUGGUCCUAAAGAGAGAGCACUUUUUAAAGGAAAGAUUAAAUUAUAUCCAGACAUAUCAUACACAAAUUAUUUUUGUUCUUUAUGUCACUAUUUUGUUAUGACAUUUAUUUUUGUAAGUGUUGAGAGUCUCUAACCUUUGUUAUUUAAUUAGAGAUAUGGAAUCCAUCCAAAAGAUGCAGGAAUGUGUAAGAAUAUAUUUCAAUUUAGAAAAUGGAUAUAUGUUGCUUAUAGACAUAGCAACAAAAUGCUUAUUUGCUCCUUUAGUUGGAAUAAUGAGUGAUAAAGUUGGAAGAGUACCAGUAUUAUAAAUGGGAAUCAUUUUAACAGCAAUAUCAAUAUGCAGUAUGGGAUUUGCAGAGGACAUUUAUCCCUAAUAUUGUAUAUCAAGAGUAAUAAAUAAAAUGUUAUCUAGAUUCAAUAUGCAAUAGGAGCAAUAACUUUAGCCACAAUACCUUUUUUGGGUGAUUAUGUAUUAGAUGAAACAAAAGGAAAAGCUUCAGCAAUAAAUGUAAUUCUUGCAGCCUUUGGAGCAAUGUUUUCAGCAACAGUAAUUACUAAGUUGUUGACUCAGAACUUUUCAGUCUAAACUACUUAUGUUGUUGUAGGAUGUUCUUUCCUUUGUCUUGGUUUACUUUAUACUUUAGGAUUAAAAAAAGGGUUACAUUUUAAAAAGUAAAGAAAGAACUUUAAAAAUGCUCCUCUUAGAGAUGAUUUAAUUGAAAAAAGUAUAUGUCCAUAUUAGAAUCUAAAAUAAAUUUAACAUGAAGACUUUGAUUAUAUUGAUUAUGAAGGAGAAGUGAGAACACUAAACUAAAUUAAAUAAGAAUCCUCUUUUGGAGCUGCAAUGAAGAUUGCUUUAUUAGCUGGAAAAAAUAUAUGGAUAUUUUAAGGUUAUGUGACAAAUUUUUUAGGAAGAGGAGACUCUAUUUUACUCACUUUAUCAUUAUAAAUAUGGAGUCAAUAAUAUGUUGAUGAUACUUUAGAUGGAGAUGAAGCAUAUAAAUAAGCUAGUAUUUAAGUAUUAAUAUUUAAUAUAUAUAAAUUGAUAGGCUUAAACCCUUUCUGGAAUUACUUAUUUAGUCAUUAUGGUAGGAGCUAUCUUCUAUGGUUUUUUAUUUGAAAAAGUCUCAAAAAAUAAAUUGCUAUUUACUAUGUUUAGUCUAACAAUGAUAGGAUGUUUUUUGAUGAACUUUGCUCCAAAUCCAAAAAGUCCAUAUACCUAUUUAAUUAUGUCAGUUUUAGGAAGUGGAAUGUCAGGAUUGUAUACUGGAGCAUUAUAUUUUGUCAAUAAAUAUGCUUAUACUGAAUUUAGAGGGUAUUUUAUAAAUUAUAAAAUAGAUAUAUUUCAGGAUUGGCUAAUGUUUUUAGUGUAUUAGGCAUAUUAAUCUGUUCUUUUGUAGGAGGAGUUCUUUAGGAUCACUGGAGUAAAAUAGCACCAUUUAAUCUUUUUGGUUUUAUGUCACUUUUAGGACUCAUUCUAGUAGUUUGGAGUUACUAUGCAUUAUAUCAAAACAGACGGGUUAAAUGA